AUGCAUAUGCAUCUCAUCAUACUUGGUAUCUUGAUGCUUUGGUCGAGGCUGACAGAAGCAGAUGUUUGCUCGUGUCCUCUAGAACGUCCCACGAAACUAGCCUCCAAGCGAGGAAUUGCAUACAACGAUGUCAACCUGGCCAAUCUCCUCAGUUUGCACUGUCCUGCCUGCAAGUGGGCGUACAACUGGGGGUCUACCCGCGAAGAAGUUCUGAACCCCGACGUCGAAUACGUUCCAAUGCUUUGGAGCAACGCGCCAGAGCACGUUCGAGCGUGGGAGACGCAGGAAAAAGUUGAUGGCAUCAUUUUCAGCUUCAACGAGCCCGAUGUUGCUGACCAGUCGAACAUGACUGCGGUCGAGGCUGCCGCAGCUCAUAUCCUCUACAUGAACAGUCUACCAGACCAAGCUCGUGUCGGCACACCAAGCAUUACCAGCAGCUCCAAACCUUCACAAGGUUUAUCGUGGCUCAAAGACUUUUUGCACGAGUGUCAGAAUUUGGGUGGGUGUCGUUUCGACUUUUGCAACACGCACUGGUACUCGGAAGCGCAAUGGAUCGAAGCCAUGUUUGCCCAUCUCGACGAGGUACAUAAAGUGUGCGAAGGCAAGCCCGUCUGGCUCACAGAGUUCGCAGUCCAAGGCACUGAUGAGGAAGUCGGUUCUUUUUUAGAAGCAGCUGUCCCGCGGCUGGAAAGACUGCCUUACCUCGAGGCUUACUCUUAUUUUUUGGCCGCGCAGGGAAGCUUGGUAGGCUCGUCAGGCUUCCUCAGCUAUUUUGGAAACAUUUAUGCAACUGUUUCGUAG